AUGCCUUAUAUGGCGACGGGGUUUUACUACGCGCGCGAGCGUCUUUAUGUUGCUAAUGACAGGAACAAUGUUUUGCGUCUCCACGUGCUUUUCAUUCUUAAUGAUACGAUCGUCGUGUGGAGGGCUUGGGUAGUUUCAGGAAGAAGGGCCAAAUCAUGGAUCCUGGUCGCCAGCGGUGUGACAUUCGCGAUUGAGAUGGCACUGUUCAUCUACACUGCGACUCUUCCAUAUUAUGGCCCCGUAGUCAUUGAGAACGGAAUCCCAAUUUCAGAGUUCGCUCUCUUGACUCAAGUGGCCAUAUUUAUUUCUCUGUUUACCAAUGCUUGGACAACAGUGAUCAUAGGACAAAAAGCAUGGGAACACCGGGCACUUUUGAGGAGCGCUGGACUUACUCGUCUUCAUCGCACAACUACAAUGUGGAUCUUAAUCGUUCUAGUCGAGUCUAGCAUGAUUUAUUGCCUCGCUUGGCUCGUAUAUCUUGCCGCCUACGUCGGGCACCUUACGAGCUACCGGCAGACGCUCGGUGUCCAUACGUUCUUCACCGUUUAUGAUGACUUCAUGGUCCACCUUGCGGUAUGUUUGCUGUUUCCUUACACUUUCCACAGGCAUCUACCCGACCAUUAUCGUCAUCUUGGUAUCCCUCAAAAAACAUUCGGAGAGGUCAUUUCAGCGAACAAUGCCAACAAUGAGUUAUCCGCCAUUAUUUUCGAACCAGCAAGUAAGCUCAUACAGUCAGACUCCUCGGAUAGCGACACAUCAAACGGUACCAAGGAGGAGACACCGAACCCCCCACACUCCUACGAAAGCACGGAUCUUAGGCUGCCAAGCCCAGCCCACACGCCCACACCCCCCACGUUCACGAUGACGUUCGACUGGAAAGAAUCGCUAAGGGAUACUCGAAGCUCUACGACCACCGACUCAGUCAUCGAGAUCGGUGGUUCAAAGCUCAGCAAAGAAGACGUUUGA